ACAGAUAGAGAAGUAAAAAGCCAAAAGAGAGUUAGAGAAGUGCAAUGGAGAAAGCUUUGACGAAAGUAGGGAGCUUGAAAUCAAGUACAUUUUGGGUUUCUAAGAAGGCCAAACAAGAGAUCUCCAACAUCUCUAACGACCUCUCCAAUCUAUCAUGUACUGUUGAAGAAAAGGCAAAAUGGAUUUUCAACAAGCUAAAAGGCAAACCUACAAAAUCUUUGCCGGAUCUGCUGCGUGAAUACAACCUGCCUCCUGGUCUUUUCCCCCAAAACAUAAUUACCUAUGAGUUUGAUGAGUCAAACACAAAGCUCAUUGUCUACCUGCCAUCAGACUGUGAGGUCUGCUUCAAGGAUUCAUCCGUUACGAGGUAUGCUACUCGCGUCAAAGGAACUUUGUCAAAGGGAAAGCUCACUGGAAUAGAUGGAAUGAAGACCAAGGUCUUGGUAUGGGUCAAAGUCACGAGUAUUAACGUCGAGAGCUACAAGUCGGAUAAGGUGUGGUUCACUGCUGGAGUGAAGAAAUCGAGGUCCAAAGAUGCAUACGAAAUGCCUCGUGAUGCUGUUAAAGUUGAAGAAUUUUGAGGUUUCGACAAAGAGCAAAAAGUAAAAAUUUCAAAGAAGAUAAUUUGUUGUUUGGUGAAGUAGAUGAUGGUCCUGAACCUGCUGUUCUUAUGAUUUAUUUCACCUGGAAUAUUCAAUUUAUAAAGAAAGCAAUGUGCAUGUUCACAUAUCUUCUAGAUAAUUUUAGUCCUCUCAUUAAUUGCUUUA